CCCGGCGCAGGUGGGGCAGGCGGGGCGGGAGGCGGGCGGAGCGGCUCGGCCGGGCCGGGCGGGCGCAGAGCGCAGCGCCCGGGGAGGCUCCGCUGCCGCGGGAGCCGCGCUGCUCCCCGCGCCGGGCCCUCACAGCCGGCAUGGCCGCGGAGCCGCUCUCCUUCCGCGCCUUCCGCGCCGCCCGCCCCGCCGGCUGCCACUACGGCUACGGGCUCGGGGACGGGCUCGGAGCGCUGCGAGACCGCGAAUUCCCCAGGCUCCGAGGGAUUACUUACCUUGACCAUGCUGGUUCAGCACUUUUCCCGGAGAGCCUGCUUAAAGCUUUUACUGAUGACCUCAGAAACAACGUUUAUGGCAACCCUCAUAGUCAGAAUAUCAGCAGCAAGUUGACAUAUGACACAAUCGAGCAUGUUCGAUACAGAAUAUUGCAACACUUUCACACUACUGCUGAGGAUUAUACCAUCAUUUUCACAUCUGGAUGCACAGCUGCACUUAAACUGAUAGCAGAAUCAUUCCCUUGGAUACCUGAAGGCACAAAGCAACCCAGCAGUCGAUUUUGUUACCUAACUGACAGCCAUACAUCUGUGGUUGGUAUAAGGGGCAUAACUGCUUCAAUGAAUGUCUUGUCAGUUCCAAUAAAACCAAAGGAAAUUUUGUUAGCAAAAAGCAGGUUACCAACCGAAGAACAAAACUGCACAACACCUCAUCUAUUCUCUUACCCAGCUCAGAGCAAUUUUUCUGGUACCAAAUAUCCUCUUUCAUGGAUACAGGACAUAAAAUCUGGAAAACUCUGCCCCAUCAAAAUACCAGGGAAGUGGUUUGUUCUACUAGAUGCAGCCUCAUACGUGAGCAGUUCUCCAUUAGACCUGGGAGUUCACCAAGCUGACUUUAUCCCCAUCUCAUUCUAUAAAAUCUUUGGAUUCCCAACUGGUUUAGGAGCAUUAUUGGUAAACAACAGGAUUGCUCCCCUCUUGAGAAAAACCUAUUUUGGAGGUGGAACUGCAGCUGCCUACCUCGCAGGAGAGGAUUUUUGUAUCCCAAGGAGAUCCAUAGCAGAAAGGUUUGAAGACGGUACAGUCUCUUUUCUUGAUAUCAUUGCUCUGAAACAUGGAUUUGAUGUUCUGGAAAAACUCACAGGUGGAAUGGAGAAAAUAAAACAGCAUACCUUUGCAUUAGUUCACUACACCUAUACUGUGCUUUCUAACUUGAAAUAUGCUAAUGGGGCUCCUGUAGUACGUAUUUACAGUGACACAGAUUUCAGCAAUCCUGAUGUCCAAGGUCCAAUCAUUAAUUUUAAUGUGCUCGAUGAAAAUGGAGAAGUGCUUGGCUUUUCACAGGUGGACAGCAUGGCAAGUCUCCACAACAUACAUGUUCGCACAGGCUGCUUCUGUAACAUGGGAGCCUGCCAGAUGCAUUUGAACAUAAGCAAUGAGGACAUCCAAAGGAACCUGCAGGCUGGGCAUGUCUGUGGAGAUAACAUAGACCUAAUUGAUGGACGUCCCACUGGCUCUGUGAGAAUAUCCUUUGGCUACAUGUCUUCUUUUGAAGAUGCACAGACUUUUCUGAAUUUCAUCAUAGCCACCAGACUCUCCAAAUCGGAUGCUGAGAUUCCUUUCCAGUCUGCUACAAAGCUGACGGCAGAGUCUGUUCCAGAUGACCACCUUUCUUUUAACAAUGCAGAUAAAUUGUCUCCAGUACUGCAAAUCUCUGACAGAGAGCUCAGGAAUGUUCCGUCUGAGGCAGAGACAACUGGCAGCUGGCAGCCACUGGAGCCUGAGGCAGAAAGCAUAAGGGCAGCUGUUUCUGAGACUGCAGUGCCAACGUGUAGAAAAGGUGGCAAGCCCAUCACUGUCGCCAAAAUUUACCUCUACCCAAUCAAAUCCUGCUCUGCGUUUGAGGUUACAGAAUGGCCAGUGGGAAACCAGGGUUUGCUGUAUGACCGAAACUGGAUGGUUGUAAACCAGAAUGGAGUCUGCAUGACUCAGAAGCAGGAGCCAAGGCUGUGUCUGGUGAAUCCCUCAAUUGAUCUGAAGCAAAAAAUUAUGGUCAUCCAAGCAGAAGGCAUGGACCCAAUAUCUGUGCCGCUAGAAGACAAUACUGGAAAAGAGGCUGUGAUCUGUGACAGUAAAGUCUGUUCACACAGGGUAAAAACAUAUGACUGUGGAGAGAGAAUUGCUGACUGGCUCUCUACGUUUCUUGGCCGUCAAUGUCGCUUGAUAAGACAAAGUUCAGACGUGAAAAGCAGGCCCCAUCAGAAAAAUACAAAAGGUCUGUCAUCUGCUACAAACCUCUCACUCUCUCUUGUGAAUGAAGCACAGUACCUCCUGAUAAAUGUAGCAAGCAUUCUGCAGCUGAAAGAACAUAUUUCUGCAAGAUUGAAGGAGCCACUGGAAACAGAGGAAUUGAUCCGACGUUUCCGUGCCAACAUUGUCAUCAGUGCACCAGAGUCGUUUGAAGAGGAAGAGUGGGCUGAGAUUUCAAUAGGUGCUCUGCAGUUCCAGGUUGUGGGUCCAUGUAGCAGAUGUCAAAUAAUCUGCAUUGAUCAACAGUCUGGGGAACGAAACAAAGAAAUUCUGCAAUCCCUGUCUGCUGCCAGAGGUAGAAAGACAAACUUCGGCAUAUACCUCAUGAACCAGCCCUUGCUCUCCUCCUUUUCAGAUAUUUUAUCAGUUGGAUCUCAAGUACUUCCAGUGCUGAAGGAGAAUACAGAAAUUCAGCCUCCGACAUCUAGUGAAGAAAAACGUUCAGGAUAGAGUCUCUGGUGGAGAUGAAAUUUUUAUGCAACUACAGGGAGAAGUCAGUAGUCAGUUACUCAAAAAAAAAGGAAAAGCUUCCACUCAUUUACUUCUGAUAAUUUUCUGUUUGCUGUAAAUGUUAUCAGAUGGCAAAACUGUUGAUAAUUACAGCUCACCUACAUGUUUUUGCUUGUGAUUAUGUUGCAGCAGCCAUAACUCUAUUUUGCACAAUUGCUUCAGGAUGCAACAGGUUUGAUCAAGUCUUACUGGUAGAUGACUCCCAAAACAAGCCCAGUGUUGUUGUCAGAAAGCCACAUCUUGAUGAAGGAAAGUAAACACAAUCAUACACUACUUCCUUCUACUGCUUCAUCAAAACCCUAAUUAGGAGUGAGGAUGCAAGGCAUAUUUUAGAAACAAUGUGGGUGGGAAGAGAACAGUGGGAGAGUGGCAUGAGAGUAGCAGUGCAUUCAGCUUUUCCAAAAGAAAACUGAAGGUGAUGUGUAGACAGUCUGAAAGCAACGGAAGUGAGGGAAUUAUUGAGAAAUCUGUAUCUCCUUUUUCAGAAGUAGUGUGUGAGAAUGCCAACAAGGCACAAAGAUGAUGAGGAUUCAGGAUGCCAUUUGCAAAACACAUUGCCUGUGAAGGAAUGCCAUCCAUUUGUUCUCAACUUCUUUCUCUUCCAUUUGUUACUUUUCCGUGCAAUUUAUUUUACAUGAUAUCUUCCUUGGGAUUUUCUGUGUAAUAAUGUCCUUGCCUAUGGAAGGGGAGUUGGAGCUAAAUGAUUUUCAAGGUCCCUUCCAACCCAAGCUAUUCCAUGAUUCCAUGAGUUCCACACUCUUUUUUCCUUAUGUAUUUGUGGAUGCUGACACAUUAUUUCUAAUUAGAGAUUUUUCAAGUAAUACAGUCAUUUUCUAUACAAACUUCAUUUCUCCUCAGCAAUGUCUAAUGGCCACUUAAGGGAACUCGAGAGUUUGAAUGCUUCUCCAUCUCAAACAGGUCAAAGUAUUUUUUUUCUUACUGUUUGUUCAUUUCAUAAUGCCCUUCUUUAACAGCUGUUUGAAGCUCCUAAACAAGACUCAUGCUUUCUGAUUUAUGAGAGCAAAUGUCUGAAACCUUAGUCUGGAGUAUCAAUUAUUGGGAAAAUUACGAAAAAUAAAUAUAGGAAGACAUGGAGCAAAAAUGAAAACCCACAUGGAAAGUCUGUGUAAAUCAAGACUGAAUACAUUGAGGCCAGAUGUUUUAUGACCCUCAACAGGUGUCUAGCUAGCCAUGGGAUGAUUUCAUGCUUCUAGGAAGUCCUUCUGGAAGACAGAAUUCUCCUAGACUGGCUGCUCCAUUGACAUCUGGGAAGUGAAAUUUUGACCCUGCUAAAAGCACAGUAAAAACUCUCACCCAAUAUGAUUUAGAUCUUCCUUGGGGCAAUUUUGGCUCCAGCUGUGUGAAAGUGCUUCUGGCUGAAGCAGUCCUUGAGUUGUUUGAGCAUAUCCCCGGAGGGAGGCAGGCGGCUUUGUGAAAGAGUUGGUCCAACAGCCAUUCUGAAAGGAGAGCGACUACCACAGAGCAGAAUAGAAUGGGAAAAAGGAAGCUCAUCAGCCAGUGCACAAAUCAGAAUUCAAAAAUGCACUUUCUUCUUUCUCUCUUUUUUUUUUUUUUCUUUUUAAAUGCAUAAUGGUUUCCUUUUUCUUUUGUUCUUUUGAAGAACUGGUUUUACUCACUUCAGCUGGAACAGUCUCUCAGCAGAGCUUUGUAAUGGAAAUGAGAAGAAACAUUAUCUGUUUCUUACAAUCUGCCAUAAAAUACAUGGAAAGAGAGAAGUUUUUCAUAUGUAUGUAAACUGAGAAUCUGUUUUCAGAGUUGUACCUUCCACUUCAGAGCCCAAGGUCUGCUCCUUGAUGCCUACUUUGAAAAGCAGGGGGUUUAUCUCUCUAAUAGUCAGUUAUCUGAGGUUGUAAUGAGCAGGCUUUUUUGGAACCUUGAAAAGCAGUUUCCUGUUAUCUAAAUCUCUUAACUGCUUCACUCUUUGCCUUUCUGUUAUGCAGAGCAUUGCUUUGUUGGGUAGAAAGCCAGCAUAGCUCUGGCAGAUUAAAUAUGAAGAGACCUGUUGUAUGCUGAACUUCAGUCAUCUCUGGUGCUCUGCUCUGUCCUCUUCACCUCACCACUGUGGCAUUUGUUUAACGUGGCACAGAAUUUAGAAGAGGAAAUUGAAAACAACCUCAAAAAGCUCUGUUUCACUCAUUAUUACAUUUAGUACAAAAUAAGUCAGUUUGGUACACAGUGGGUUGACAAAUACUGUUUGUGAGUAUCCAUAGUGCAAUGUAUGAUAACUAUGGAUGAGAGGAUUUGAACUUUAAAAAUGUCAUGCUUGGUCAUUUUGACCUAUUGUUUACAGUCAAUUACACAUUCUCUCUGCUGUGGCUUAGCAAUAUUAGAUCAAGAAUAGUUUUGCCAUUUUACAGGGGAAAAAGAAAGAUUUUCUCUGAUGUAUGAACAUACUCAUUAGUAUAGUCUGCAUUUCCCAGAAGGAACGUCCUUGUGGUGCAGUGGUAGGAAAUGUCACAACACUUCAGAUUGAUGGAAGAUACAUAAGGAAUCUUUCAGCUAAAUAAAGGAUAACAUUUCCCUUCUAGUAAGUGGAGUGUUCCUGCCAGUACUGAUAUGUCUUUCCAUCGAUGGAGACAAAUUCUUCUAGGUGCCAAAACUGUGGAAAAUCUUGAAGUACGAAGAGUCACUUUUAAAUGGCAUGCACUGUAAGUUUGCAGAAAGAACAUCCCUCCCAUAAUGUGAAAAAAUAAUUCAGAGGAAGAAGAAAUUUAGCAUACUGCAACCCCAAGGACUGCAGAUACAAAAGGGGCAUAAACACUUUGAAACGCUAUAUAAAAAGUAUAUUUUCUCUAAGGGUUAAUUUCUUAACUUUUCAAGUAUAUAGAAAAUAAGACUAUUUCAUAUGGAUAUAGCCUCUUUGAUCUAAAUACUCUGACUACUGCAAAAUGAAACCUUUGGAAUAAUUGCAGAUGUAUGUUUGCCUUAUAUGGAUAAUGAAUGUACUUAAUACAGCAUAAUAUAAUAUUAAUAUAGCACCAGAGUGCUAUAUGUAGAAAGUCCUCUAUAUAUUUGAAAACCAAAUCCUUAUUUACUUGCAAUGAAUUAUUCAGACACAUUCCAUUCUCUGUGAGACUUAGUUCCUUCUCAAAUCUCAAGGUAAAAAUGGUGAUUGUUACAAGCUCUAAUAAUAGCCAGGAGGCUGAAAUCACAAAACAGAAAUCAGCAUUUUUAGGAGAAGUUUCUGAGCUCUGUUUUUUUCUGAUAUGACUAAGACAUUUCAGAUUAUGAUUUAGAUACUUUCAAUGGUGUCCUUCAAAGUAUAAUAAAAAUUUUAGGUCAUCUUUCUGUCAAAAUUACACCCAAAUCAAAAUGAAGGACUGCAUUAAAAAUGUGAUUAUUCUUCAUAAAUUGUAGAGAUUAUGCUAUGCAAAUGUUCUUUCAUCUGGUUUUUAACUUCCUUGGAAAUUAAAUCAAUAAAAUAGAUAUUGU